AGCAACAGUCAACAUCAUCAAAAUUUUUCAUUUUGCAAAAUGGCUCAUGGCAUAAACUCCAGGUCAAAAGCCAAACAAGGCAGCAGAGGUCGUGGAGGCAGGAGACCUUUCAAGAGUAGGAAUAACACAGCCAGUUAUAGGAGAGCUCUUCUUAGAAAAAGAAAACUUGAAGACAAUAUUGAAUGUGAAGAGGACAACAAAAAAUUUAAGGCCCAUAAUGCAACGCAUCCUGUCAAGGAGGAAGACGCUCAAGAGAGCAGCUCCAGUGACUUGUCGGAUGCCGAGCAGCUGCCAACUGACAGCCAUGCUCUACUUCUGCACAGCUUUGGUGCUAGCACGGCUACUCACAGUGACCCUGAAGAUGAUGAUGAUGAGGGUGAUGAUGGUGAUGGUGAGGGUGAUGAUGAGGGUGAAGAUCAUUCUGAUGAUCAACAAGACACUGAAGAUGAGUCAGAAGAAGUUCAGGUGACGAGACAAAUUAAAGAUUUGAAUUCUUCUAAUGCAAAAAAAGCUCUCAUGGAUGAGCAAUUGAGUGAAGGAAGUCAUGAGCAGUCAGAUGACGAGUCCAAUGAUGAUGAUAAUGAAUCUGAAGAAAGUGAUGAAUGUAAUAGCAGAGAUAGUGAUUCAAGUGAUGAUUUAAGUGAUGAACAGGAAGAUUUGGAGGGCGGAAUUGCUGAAGACGCAGAAAGUGAUGCUGACAGCUUAAUGUGUGCUUCUGAUGAUGAAAAUUCCACAUCUAGGAAACCAAAUCUGGGGGGCUUGGUUGUUCCUACGAAGAAUCAGAAGGGCGGCAAACAGGUGAUGCAGUGUGAUGAUGAAGAUCUGGAUGAGCUAGAAAAGAAUAGCUUACCCAGCAUUGAUGACCCUUUCUGUACUCACUUUGAGCGUGUCUUGUCUCAUGAAGCAGCCGAGCGCUUGCUUGACUGCAACACCUGGCAGCAUGACAAUCACCAGUGGCCAGAGCUCAGUGGUGCUGUGAAACACUCGUACCCUACAAAACUGCCAGCGCUGAGCAACAAGCCUAAACUUCUUCUAACUGCUGACUCUGAUGCACCUCCUCCAGUGUAUGGAGGGCCAUUCAAGGUUCCUGAAUUUCCCGAUGUAAACUCUAUGUUCAUCAAAGACUCUGUGUUGAAGAAUAUAGGAGAUCUAACACCUCUUCAGCAGCACCUUUUACAUGCCAUAGCUAAUUAUUCUGAUCUUUACUAUCCAUCAUCAACUCAUGAAAAGUGGGAUGAUGUGACAAAAGUUUAUAGUAUACAUGCUCUUAACCACGUUUUGAAAACAAGAACCAGGAUACUGAAGAAUAAUUCCAAGUUGAGUAAGUUAAGGGCUGCAAAGAUUGAUGUAGACCUUGAUCAGUUUAGAGAUCAAGGUCUUUCCCGUGCCAAGGUGCUCAUCUUGCUGCCCUCCAAACAUUCUGCUUUCAGGGUCGUGAAGGCAAUGCAGAAGCUACUCGGACUAUCAAACAAGCAACAAGUGAAGCAUCUGACGCGCUUUGAAGACGAUUUUGGCCCUGGGGACACAAACACCAACUUACCCAGAGCUCUGAAAGGAAGAUCAGAAGACUUCAUUGCAACCUUCACUGGUGACACAUCUGAAAACUUUAAAAUUGGCAUCACUGUCAGCAAUAAAAGCCUAGGGUUGUACUCGAACUUCUCACGGUCGGACAUAAUCUUGGCCUCGCCGCUGGGUCUCCGUCUCGUCGCGGGCGUGGAGGGCGAGGAAGACAACAAUGCAGGCUUCUUGUCGUCCAUUGAGAUGCUCGUGCUUGACCAGGCGUCAUGCUUCCUCAUGCAGAACUGGGACCACGUGCUCUCCGUGCUGGAGAGCGUGAACCUCUCCAUCAAAAACGUGCGCGACAUAGUCAGCGACGGGCGCCGAGUGCGGUCCUGGAGCGUCGACGGACAUGCCAAAUUCUAUCGCCAAACACUCAUGUUCAGCGCCGCUAUUGAUGACCUGCAGCGUGCCUUAUUCAGCCGCUCUUGUAACUUCGCUGGUCGCUUCGAAGUGCUGCCUGUCUCUGCUGGCGUGCUCGGUGACUUGCUAGUGAGUGCUGAGCUGGUGCUACUGAGGUGCCCUGGAUUAAAUGAUGGCGAGCAAAGACUUGCUUACUUCACGCAAGAGUUCUUCCCUAAACACGUUGCCUCUCGUAAGGCGUUCACGCUGCUCUACAUCCCGGACACCAGUGACUACUAUCUUCUAUCACAGUUCCUGGCUCAGGAGCGGGCUAUCGAAUUCUCAUCUAUUAACGAGUACCUUACAUCCAAAAUGAGUCACGUUGCUGUAGCGCGCAGUGAUUUCUUCAAAGGAUCGAGUCCACUGUUGCUGUACACGGAGCGUUUCCACUACUACAAGCGUCCUGUCAUCAAGGGUAUCAGACACCUCAUAUUCUAUGCGUUGCCUUCCUUCAGUUCCUUCUUCAGUGAAAUGUGCAACUUGAUGAUUGGGUCGCUGCAGAAUCAAUCGGCUCCUCGGUCCCAGCUACAGCACCGUUCUUCCAUCACGGUGUUGUACCAGCGCUCUGAUGUCACCCGCCUCGCGGCUGUCAUGGGCAACACCAACGCAAAAGAACUUCUAUCUUCGAACAAAAACGUACACAUGUGCGCUAUUUCAGGGAGUUGAUAUUAAUGUUCAAUAAAAUCAUUUAUUGUC